CCCCUACCCCCACUGUGCUAAUCCCUGUCAAACACUCUCGCCAUGCACCUCCGUCUCUCUACGGUUGCUGCCGUCCUCGCCCUCGCCGUCUUCGCCCUGUCGGCUCCGGCGACGGCUGCUGUUGCCGACUCUCACUCGGUUCUUGUCCUGCUGACCCACUCCCCGGCACAGCGGAGCGCCCUGCAUGCCGCUGCACUGUAUGCCUUUGGCAGCCACCCGUACCGCUCGGCGUCUGGCCUCGCCAAGCUUGUCGGCUCACCCAAGGCCACCAUCGCCGCCGUUUCGGGUGCACUGGCGGCCAAGGCGCCCAGCGCCCGUGUUGUCGUCCUCCCCUCGGAGGACGCCAUUCUUGUCUCGGGCCUCGAUGCACCGACAGCAGCGGCGCUGGCAGCUACUGCUGAGCCGACCGCCCCGAUGCAUGCACCGGCUGUCCUGCACCCAGCCAUCGAGGCCGCGUUUGUCAUCCACGGCGAGGCCGAUCCGACUGCCCGCGCCCAGGCGCUGCCGGAGGUCGAGGCCACAGGCGCUGCGACCGGCGCCGGCGCUGGCGAUGCCUCGGGCGUCCCGCCCCAGCUCCAGCGCGAGCUGCUGGGCAUCGAUGCGAGCGUGCGUGGGCCCGGUGCGUCGGGCGUCCCGGUCAUGGUCUGGGGCCCCGGCACGUUUGGCUACCUCGCCUCGGAUCUGCAGCAGUACUACUCGCAGUGGGGCGUCAACAACUCGGUCUCGCUCCUCUCGCACCACGGCGCUGACGGCACGCCCGGCGGCGACAACUUUGGCGAGGGCACCCUCGACACGACCCAGUCGUCGGCUAUCGGGCUCGGCGUCCCUAUCUGGGUCACCAACACCAACACCUCAUCGGCCAACGAGGAGGGUCCGGGCUUUGGCUACGCUUUCCUCGGCUUCUCGACCAUGCUUGCCGCCGCCGACGAGUCGAAGCUCCCGGGCGUGCUCUCGAUGUCGCUCGGCUCGAUCUCGUUCGAGGCGUGCUCGCGCAUGUGCGAGACGCUUGUGGCUAAGCACCCCAUCUUCUCGCUCGACUCGUGCAACGAGUUUGUCCGCUUCAAGCAGCGUCAGGUCUGCAUGUUUCCUUCGGCGGCCGUCGCGGACCGCAUCGAGGCCGAGCUUGCCAAGAUCACUCUCCGCGGCGUGUCCAUGGUGGCGGCGUCUGGCGACGGCGGCUCGCACUUUUCGUUCCAGCCCUUUGACCGCCUCUCGCUCAUUGGCGACGCACUCAACAAGAUUGCCUGCGCCACCAACUCGCCGACCUACCCGGCGAGCUCGGCAUAUGUCCUUGGCGUCGGCGGGCUCAACCCGCCGGCGUCUGCGUCGUCCAGCAGCCAGCCGUCGUGGCCGGCCUCUGGCGGCGGCUUCUCGUGGAUCAUCCCGCGUCCGGCCUACCAGGACGCGGCUGUCAAGGCGUACCUUGCCAACUCGGACCUCCCACCUGCGACCGCUUUUAACGCCUCUGGCCGCGCGUACCCCGACGUGGCUGUUCUCGGAAACGACGUUCCCAUGGUCAUCCAGGGCAGCGCGGUCGUGAGCGGCGGUACAAGCGCGAGCGCCCCCGCUAUGGGCGGCUUCAUGUCGCUCAUCGUCAACGCGCGCGCCGCGGCCGGCAAGUCCAAUUCGGGUCGCCUCGGCCUGUUGCCGGCGCUGGUCUACUCGCUCGACGCGGCCCACCCCGGCGAGCUCUUCGACGAGCCGACCGACAACGGGUCGGCGUCGUCGGCCUGCACCUCGGCCGGCUUCUGCUGCCCGAUCGACUCGUCGUUCCGGGCCGCCAACGGCUUUGACCCCAUCACCGGCCUCGGCCGGCCUGUCUUCCCAGCCUGGCUCAAGUACAUGUCAGAGGCGUGAGCAUGGAAUGAACUCACCGGUUUUUACGGCG